AUGGUACCUGGAAGUCACUUUGUCUCCACAGCCCUUACUGAUGACAAUAUAGUAGCUUCCCCUUGCAAGACCUGGCAGUCAUCCUCAGAAAAUGGGGGUAGCAGGUAUUUGGAGGGACCCUCACCAGCCUUGAUGCUGAGCCUGCUGUGUCUGACCCUCUUCUUUGUUGGGUGCUCCACGGCUGGAACCCCAGCACCCGUGUCUGAGGAUGUGCUGGUGGGCAUUGUGGGGGGCCACAAUGCUCGGCAGGGGAAGUGGCCAUGGCAGGUCAGCCUGAGGAUCUACAGCUACUACAUGACCUCGUGGGUGCACAUCUGUGGGGGCUCCAUCAUUCACCCCCAGUGGGUGCUGACUGCUGCCCACUGCAUUCACAAGAGAAACGCUGACCCAUCAUCCUUCCGGAUCCAUGCUGGGGAUGUGUACCUCUAUGGGGGCAAGGAACUGCUGAAAGUGAGCCAGAUCAUCAUCCACCCGGACUAUGUGAAUGGUGUCCUGGGUUCUGAUGUGGCCCUGCUCAGGCUGGAGAAAUCCCUGGGCUGCUCUGCAAACAUCAAUCCUGUCAAGUUGACCUCUGGGUCUCUUGAGGUUACCUCAAGGUACCCAUGCUGGGUGACUGGCUGGGGCAUGACCCACGUGUAUGAAUCGCUGCCACCUCCCUACCGCCUGCAGCAGGUUCGGGUGAAGAUAGUGGACAAUGCCAUCUGUGAGCAGAUAUACCACAAUGCCACCAGGCACUACUACCAGGGCCGCAAACUCAUCCAGGAUGACAUGCUGUGUGCUGGAAGUGAAGGCCGUGGAGCCUGCUAUGGUGACUCAGGCGGCCCCCUGGUCUGCAGGGUGGCAGGCUCCUGGAACUUGGUGGGAGUGGUGAGCUGGGGCUAUCGCUGUAGCAUGAGGAACACCCCUGGGGUCUACGCACGCGUGCAGUCCUUCCUGCCCUGGAUCACUCAGCAGAUGAAGCUGUUCCCCUGA